GCGAGAGCUAGUAUUUGGUGCGUGGUGUAGUGAUCGCUGGCACAUGUGCAGUAAGCGACUUGCCGUCGCGUCGAUCGAAUACACACUGCGAUCAAUUCACACUCGCACACAUCCUCUCAUUGCUACAUAACGAAGUAGCGUCUCGGCCUAACCUGCAAAAUCUUAGCCAAGAGCAGCAGUGACCGCAGCAGAGAGUACGAGACAAAGGCACGGUCCGCACGGUGGAGUGCGGGACGACCAUGAGGACGACGAGGCGCACCGCUGCAACCACGACGCCAUUUUACUAACCUCGGCGUCCCGCCGCCGCUCUCCUCCCUAGAUAUUAAGGCUCACUCAACUAUAAUUUUAUUAUGGAAGAUGAGGACAAUGAGAAUGGACUUGUCGAUAAAUGGACUUUAUUUGAAGAAGCAUACUAUAAGGAGGCAAGCAUUGAUACAUCAUUAGCACAAAUCAAUAAUUCAAAUGUCAGUCUAGAUGACAUUGAUGAAACUCGAGAAGACUGUUUUUAUUCCUCUUAUCCCCAAGAUUCUGAUGGUAAUGGUAACUCCAAUAUAAAUCUAAAAAAUGUUAUCAAAGGAUUUAAGAAAAAUAUUCUCAAAAUUCAACCGGAAGAAAAUCAAGUAGUAAAUGAUAAUACAUCAGUAGAACAAGCUGUUCAAUUCAAUGAUACAUCAAAAGAAAGAACAAUCAAUAUGGUUGAAGUGAAAGAAAAAAAUAUGGCAGAGUACGCCCAAUAUUUGGGCCUGCAACCUGCAUCAUCGAAACCUGAAUGCAACCAAUGUAAUACUUUUGAAAGUGAGACUAUUACAGGAGAAUCUAAACAAGAUCAAUGUGAUUCUUCAGCAAAAAAUUCUACUUUAGCUGAUGAUGCUGAUAGUUCUAAGCUUUAUCUAGUGAAUAAUGCAAAAUUACCAUCUACCAGUAGUAAUUAUAAGCUAGCAUGUAUAGAAAAUUCUCAGUCAUCAAGUUUGGAUGAUGAAGAAUCCUUGCCUGCUAAUAAUUGUUAUUCACCGUCAGUUGAUACAACCACAUCACCAUCUACAAAAGCAAAUCAAUCAGAUCUUGCCAGUCCAUUAACGUCACCAUCCACUAAUAUAUCUAAAAAAUUGAAUAAGUCAGUGGAUGAAGAUAUUGCUGAAUCUACAUGUCAGACACCACUGAAAGAGGCACUCCGGUCACCAUCUCAAGUGGCAUCACAGUUAAUACCUGAAAAGACGCCCCAGUCACUACCUAAAGAGACACCCCAAUUACUACCAGCUGAGCUAUCUACACCAUCAUCUUCAAAUGUAUUGCAAUCACCAACUUCAGAUGCAAUUCAAUCAUCACCCAUGGAAGUAUCUCAAUCUCUAGUUCAAGACUUAGUUCAAUUACCAUCAUCAGAUACAGUUCAAUCAUCAUUUAUGGAAGUAUCUGACUCUCCAGGUCCAGGAACAGUUCAUUCAUCAUCUAUGGAAGCAGCUGAAUCUCCAGCUCUAGAAACAGUUCACUCACCAUCCAUGGAAACAACUAAAUCUCCAGCUUCAGAGAUAGAUCAAUCUCCAUCCGUAGAAACAUCUGAUUCUCCAGCUCUAGAAAUAGUUCAAUCACCAUCCAUAAAAGAAACUAACUCUCCAGUUCUAGAAAUAGUUCAAUCACCAUCCAUGGAGGUAGCUGAAUCUCUGACUUUAGAAUCAUUCCAAUCACCAUUAAUGGAGGUAUCGCAAUCGCCAUCAGUAGAGACAUUGGAAUCACCGAUUACUGAUAGACCUGCAUCGUCACCUGAAGAAGCAUCUCGAUCCCCAUUUACAGAAUCAUUUCAAUCCCUUUGUGAAGAAGCAUCUCGAUCACCAUCUGCUGAUGUAUGUAUAUCACCAGCAACUGAUGCACCAAAAUCUCCAUUGGUUGAUGUGUCACUAUCUUCAUCUACUCAAGCAUCACAUAUUCAAACUCCAAUGUCACCAUGUGUUGAAGUAUCUAAGUUAUCAGUUAGUAAUGAUAUGGAUAUUAUUACAAUUAAUAGUCCAAAACCACAACCUGCAGACAGUGAAUCACCAAUUAGUAAUUACUCACAAUUACCUACGAUAAAUAUUUCAGAAUCAGCAUCUUGUGAUAGCUCAGAACUGCCACCUGAUGAAAAUAUUCAAUCUCCGCCUAACAUUAAUACAGUACUUUCAUGUGACAGUAAUUCCAAAGAACUUCAAACUGAUAAAUCUGAAGUAUUUAUUGAUAAAUAUGAACCCAUUCCAUCAACUAGUUAUGAAGAUCCAAUUCUAUCAAGCAAUUGCAGCCGGUCAUCAUUAUCUGUUAAAACUUUAGCUUCAAGUAAUUCUUGUUCAGAAGCACCAUCUACCAGUCAACCUUCAAAUUUCAAAAUCACUAGUAAAGUUUAUUUGUGUGCAGCUUGUGAGAAAUAUUUUGAAAACUGGAAUCUUUUUACACAUAUGCGAGAAGUACAUCAACGGCAUAUCUGCUUGUUUUGCCUUGGUAUGUUUGGCCAAGCCGAAAGGUUAUCAUAUCAUCUACUAAAGAAACACAAUGUUCCAGAUAUGAAUUUCAAUUCAGCAGAAGAAUUCUUCAAAGUCUUUAUAGGCCCUUGUUUCCUGGUCUGUUGUGCAUGUGAGAAGAUGUUUUCAGAGAAUGAAAAAUUUUAUGAUCAUUUUUGUCCAUCUCAAAAAGCAGUACAAUCAACAUCUGGAGUUUGUUCUCAGUGCAAAAAAAUAAAUUCACAUACAGAUGGGUGUAGGUUAGCUCCUGAAAAAAGUGAUAGUAAAAAGGUGUUGCAAAGUUUACCGAGCAGUUCUAGGACUACAGAAGUUGAACGUACAAAAACUAAUCAAACAGUGACAAAUGUGAUACGACAUUCAAAAAGAACAAUAAAACCUAAUAGAUUAAAUGAUGAUAUUUAUUUGUACACAAAGUUAACCAAUAUUCGUUCAAAAAGGACUAAAUUGCAAAAUACAUCUGAAACUAUCAAUAGCGCUUGUUUGGAUUCCCAUAAAGAUAUAUGUGCUAUUGAAUCUAGAGAAGCAAAUCGGAAAUCAUUUUCUGAUUCUGGUAUGGAAAUUUGUACUGGUGCUGAUAAUGGAAACAAUUUUGAAAAUGAUAGAAUUGUAUUAGAAAAUGACAGUCAUGAAAGUGAAAGUGAAUCAUUGAGUCGUGUUAGUGCCAAGGAUACUUAUGAUAGUGUAACUGAAACUAUAAUGGCAGUUUCUCAAGGUACAAAUUUUGAUCAUUCUAUACAUCCAGAUAUAAUGUCUAGUAGCAAAUUAAAAAGUACUUUGGACUGUAGCACAAGCAAAGGUACAGUUGAAACUUCAGAACCAAAGGAUGAAGAUGAUGUGAGAUUGAUUGAAAAGAAUGUUGUAAAACUUGAUGAAACCAAAGAGCUUAGUUUGGAACACAAUUCAUUAAAUGAUGUAAGUGAGAAUUUAAAUUCAGAUUCUGAAUCUGAUGCAUCAAACGGCUCUAGUAAUGCAGCGGAUGAAUUAUUUGAUGACAUAGUGUCAACCCCAACAAAAAAUGAACAAAGUAAACCAAUAUUGAGUGCUACUCCUGUUACAGAUAGGAAAUUAGUAAUCAAAAUUUGUACCAAAAAUAAUUCUGUAUAUUCAAUAAAAACACCAUCAAUAGAAAAUAGUAUUGAAAACUAUGAUAGUUAUAAAGAAUCAGAAAAAAAUAAUAACAGUAAAGAAUCUGGCAAGACACAACAAACGACUGAAGAAUCUUUAAAGGAUGCACAAGACACUAAUUCAGAUGAUAAAAAAAUAGAAAUUACAGAAAACUGUGAAAAUGAUACUUUAGGUACUAUAAAUUUUGACUCAGACAUUAACAAAGAGAACAAAUUAGAUGUUGAGAAUCAACUGAAUGAAAAGAAUGAAGAAACCGUGAAUGAAAAGCUAAUAAUAGAUACUGUAGACAGUAAAGUUGAAACUUUCGAUGGAAUUCCAUUGGCUGGUGAAGAAAUUCCAGUAGUAGAUUUAGAUGUGGAUGAUCUUUUGGAAAAGAUGGAGCUGGAAGAGUUACUGAAACGAUGUAUUAAAGUUGUUUGUGGAAUUUGUGUUUAUUGUAAUCAUGCUCGACAGAUAGCUGUCAAUGGUAAACAAUUGAGUCUUCACAUGCUUUCAGAACACAGGUUUCAACCUCAACAUCCUGCAAUUAUCAUCAACCAAGAACAGUUUAUAGCAAAGGUGAAGAAAUAUUUCAAUGAAUUGGAGUCAUAUUUUUUUAAUCUGGAUUCUUUCAAUAGCAAACAAGGAACCUAUAAUGUUUCCAUGGUAAAAACCUAUGAAUGCUUCAACUGCAGGUUUCACUCUAACUCUCACAAAGAACUUUAUUUACAUAAUAGAAAAAUGCAUCAAAAACCAAAUCUAUUGUGUAUAAUGUGCAAGUCAACGUUUUUAAGUUAUAGUGAGUUACUGUGCCAUUUAUGUCCAGGAGUUUACGCUGCAAAUAUUGAUAUACAGUACAGGUGUUGUCUGUGUCAAGUCUCUAAUAUCCCAUCAUCUUUCAGGCUUAUGGUACAUCUUCGUAAAUUGCAUAAUGCCUGUGACGUUUGUUUGGAAACUACUGGCAAUCAGCAAAAUUUAUCCAAUCACAUUUGGAAGCAUAAAUUAAAUCAUCUGUGUUAUAGAUGCGGUAUAGCUUAUCGUAAUAAGCCAGACAUUACAAAGCAUCUCUUCUGGAAACAUGGAACAGAAAGUGUGCAGUGCAAAAAGUGUUUACAAAAAAAAUGGCCUUACAUAUAUCAUUUUUGUGUUCCGCCAGCAGACUUUCCUUGUGAAGAAUGUGGAUAUAUUUGUCACAAAGCUGUUGCAUUAAAAGUGCAUAAAAGAAUUCACACAAAUGAAUUCCCUUACCCUUGUACUGAGUGCUCAGCAAAGUUGAUUUCAAAACAUUUAUUGGCUAGGCAUGAACAAAGUCACAGAGAAUCAGGACCAUCAUCACCACCAAUUACACUGCCAAAACCCAAUGAAAAUCAAACAAUUAAAGAGGAAGAUAAUGUUCAUAUUGAUGUCUGCAAUACAGAAGUAAAUGUUAAUGAAAAAGUUAAAUCACCUGAUGAGACUCCAAAAGAACCAGUAAAAAAAGUGGUGGAUGUACUUGAUCUACCACCGUUAAAUUUGUCAGACAGUGACAGUGAUGACGAAGAAGAAAAGCCAGAUGAAUGCAAAAGUAACAAAAAACCAGAGAAAAUUGAGGCAGAUAUAGUUGACAAACUAGAAAUGGUUCAGCCAGAACCAUCAAUUGAGCUUACAAAUGACGUGAUAGUUGAAGUUGAAAGAAAUGAGGAAGAGAAAAAGCAGGAGGAGCAGAUUAUGGAUGGCAUUUGGGGUAAUUUCAAGUCUUAUACAGCAAGUUUGGAGAAACAAGAGGCUAAUGCUAUGGAAGCAGACAUCGAGAAGCAAAUUGUAGAAAAUGCACAACAAAAAGAAGAAAUUGAACGUUUAAAUAAAGCAAUACUAGCUGAUCAUGAUUAUUGUGUAGUAUAUCCAAGUAAGGAUGAAGAAGAUCAGAAUUCAUCCAGCAGUACCUUAAAAAAGACUGAUGAUAAUGUAGAAACAGAUAAAACUAAUUUUACAAAAGAAAGAACACCUUCACCAAGUGUUGCUAACAAGCUACCAACUAUUGAAAGUGAAUCGACUAAGAAAAAAGUAAAAUCUCCAAAAAAGAAGAAACAGAACACUAGCACGUCGUCCAGUGAUUCAUCCAGCGACAGUGAGUCUAGUAAUUGCUCUUGUGGUCCUGACUGUAGCUGUAGUAGUACCUGCAGCAGUGGCAGUUCCAGUUCAAGCAGCAGUUCUGAUUCUGACAGUUCCUCAUCGAAUUCACCCAAAAAAGUUGAUCGGGAGAAGCGUAAAAAAGGAAAAGGAAUGGUAGCAACAGAACCAGUAGGCGAGCCAGAGAAGAAAAAUGAAGUUGUCGAGAAGCCGCCAACAGAGACUAAAGAACAGACGGUAGAGGUAAAAAUUGAGAUUGAAACAGCUCCGAUCGAACCACUGCCGAAGAAAGUUCCAGCACUUAUAAUAAGAGAGUCUGAUUUGGAAACAACAGAGACUGACACCGACGAAGAGUUCUACGAUGAAAAUCCUCAGAAAACGGCUACGAAAUUGCUGGCUGAAAAACGUAAGCAAACGUUGCUUGCUUCCGGUAUAUCAGGUCCUACAGACACAACUACGACGCCGGUCAAUGGUGUUAUGGAUAGUGAAUUAUCAACACAGACACCAGCAGCAUCGCCCAGUCAAUUGGACACUCUCGUGAUACCAACUGCUAGCAAGCAACGAAAGUUCAAGACAAGAAGGCGCAGAAAAGGUCUUUGGGGAAAGGCUCGAAAUCCCACGAAAAGUGUCGAUUCGAUCAAAGUCAACAUUCCAAAAACCAGCUACCAGAGACGUGGAGCACCACGCGGAAGAAGAAACUCGAUCGUUUCCAACAUAUCUGUUUUCGAGACUAAUCAAAUGAUGACGCCGGAAGCAGCGAGUUUUUCGAGGACUCGCAGUCUUGCUGGCAGUGGCUCGGAAUUGGAUACAACAAGAUCGUCCAAGAGAAAGCGCGUGCCUAAACGUUUUUAUGAUGACUCGAGUGAUGAGGAAAAUCAUAUGCAGCGAAUGUUAAAGUGGCGGCGAACCGAUGCUCCGCCAAUGAUGAGCACUUCGUCACCCUCGUCAUCGAGUAAAGCUCUCAACAAACAAAGCUUUCAACAGCAACAGCAGCUACUUCUACAACAACAGCAACAGCAACAACAACUCCUCAUUCAACAACAACAACAACUAAUUAUGCAACAACAGCAGCAACAGUUGAUCAUCCAACAACAGCAGCAACAGCUACAAUUUCAACAGGAGCAACUGUUGCAGGCUCAAAGACAACAGCAGCAGCAGCAACGCGAUGAGGACGACGAGGACGAAGAGAGAGCCUUGGUGAUCGCAGCUUCUGACAGUGAAAGUAAUGACAGCAGCAGUAGUGACUCGAGCGAUUCUGACAACGAAACUACCGAGGCAAAGAGCAAGUUGACUUCAACAGCAAUAGCUGUACCUCAGACAAUGGCGGCAGCGAGUUCUGGCUCACUGUUUCAUUCAAACUUCCCUCAACUACAUCCUAUCAUUCCGGAGCGCUCUAACAAUCUCUACUGUUAUUGCCAGUGCCCCUACGACGAAGUUUCAGAGAUGAUCGCCUGCGAUGGCGAUGACUGUCAGAUCGAAUGGUUUCACUUUGAAUGUGUGGGAAUUACAGUGCCACCGAAAGGCAAGUGGUUCUGCCCGGAUUGCCGCAAGAAUCUUGGAAUGUCCGAUGAGGAAAUGGCCAAUGGAUAAUUGCGACUGGACGAUGUCUUUGCCCGGACUGAUCACUUUAUACUUGAGGAUAAAACGCUUAUUGACGUGGGUGUCUCAGCGCUCGUUUAUUACUAUGCUACUACUACUAUUACUAUUACUACUACUACUACUACUACUACUACUACUACUACUACUAUUAUUAUUAUUAUUAUUAUUAUUAUUAUUAUUAUUAUUAUUAUUAUUAUUACUAUUAUUAUUAUUAUUAUUAUUAUUAUUAUUAUUAUUAUUAUUGUUUAUUUCCUUUCUCUUAUUAUCUUAUCUUUCUCUUUUUCACGGAUGCAACGAAAGAGCAAGGAGUCAACGUGUUUAUAGUUCUCUUAAAAUCGAACGUAGUCACACUCGCGUUUGUAUAUAAUACUUGUAAAUACGCCCCUAGAGUUUCUAUGAUAAUGAACGACAUAAGUUUUUGUGUAAAUUUCUUUGUACUUCUUUUAACGAUACGUCAAUGUACAUUUAUAUAUUAGGAUCAAAACUACACGUAUAUACACGUUAAUAGUACAGUAAUUGCAUAAACUGCAAAAGAUGGAGGGCUGUUACAUUGGCGAAAUUUACUUAUGGGCUGAGUUUUACUGUCAGAACUGCUGGCAGUGUCUGUCGUUUCAUUGCAUCGGAAAAGUACUAUUGUUUGAAAGGGAAAGCAAUACAUUUUGUUUUAUGUUUCACACUCGAUUCAGAAACUGUAAGCUGUCGCACUAAAAGAACAACGGUAUAAUGCAUACUUUUCUUUAUUCUUAGCUUCGUAAUGUAAACUAAAAUGUUUUCCAACAUUUUUUUAUGUUGAAAUUUGAGAAAAACGUAUCGAUAUUUUUCCGAAAUCAAAUUUAUAAAAAAAAUUAACUAAACCUAUUAAAGCUAUUUUUGAAAUGCUUUAGAUAUUAGACGUAUUAGACGUGGUAUUUUAAAAUUGAUUACAAAACUAUUUUUUAAUACGCUUUUCUCGAUUACAUUACUUUGGUUCAGUAAAUUGAAAAAUAACUUAAAUGAAUUUUUGAUAUGUUACACUAGCGUCUGACUAUUUCUUUUUGAAGUCACAUAACUUGAAUUAAAAGAAAAUUAAUGUAAAAUUCAAGGAAAAAAGAAAUAAAAUCAAUAAAAAAAAUUUAUAUAUCAAGAUAUAAUAUAUACACAAAAUUAAUGUUGAAAAAAAUUACGUGCCAAAAAGUUAUAUCACGGUCGUUUUAAUUUGAUCUAGUGAUUAUCUCACAUUUUAAUCCAUUAGAAUUUCUUUGGCUCUUAUUUGAAAUUUGACGAUGAAAAAUUCAUUGUUACAUUAGGUCGUAAUUUACUAAAAAAAACUAAUUGUAUUUGUAUAUAUUCAUCGAUGCUUGUAACGACAGACUAAAAAAAUUGUAAAAGCUUUCCAAAAGCUUCGUUUUUACACGAAAACAUGUAUUUGCUUGUACGACUUGAAAUCCAUUGGUGUAACAAUUUUUAGCUGAUUAUCAUUUUUAGUCAUAAUAGUAGCAAGUGUUGCGAAAAAAAACACUACGUAUUUUUUGACGAUUAAAUUUAUUUUUAUAAAUUUUCUUACGAUCAACUUUCGAAAGAAGACAAUUCUUACAAUACCGCGUUUUCAUUUACAAUCAGUCCUCGUCUCUCUAGAUGACUUGGUUCUCAAAACGUCGGUGACAAAUUCUUUGUAAGAUAUACGCUGUAUUAUAAAAAAUCGAUAAUAAUACAUUAUUCUCAUGAAACCUACACAUUUUUGUAUUCGUUAAUUUCUCUAACUUAACAUUCAGUACUAUACUUGUACACAUUUCUUUUUAAGCUUACGUUUUUCAUGUUAAGAAAAAUUGUUUAUAUUCUCCUUUCCUGCUUUUUCUUUUUUUUUGUUCUUAAAAUAUACCCCUUAUUCCCCUUUUCUCCUUAUCCUAUCAUUUACCCCUUAUAAAAAGGUGAUGGAUGCCAUAUUGAAGCAUUUUAUUUGUGAUCUUACUGGCCGAGGUAAAGUCACGUGAUAUACUGUUAUAGCAGUAAAUAUGCGUGUCGAUGUGGUUUCGAGAUGAGGUUUUAGUAAUAAAAAUUCAUUUUAUCAUAAUUGAUACGAAGAAUUUUAAAGAUAAUGAAAAUAAAAAAGUAUGUUACGAUGUUAUUAUUUUUACACUUAUUUUAUGAAACUAGCAGCGAAUAAAUCAUUUGAUAAAAGCGCGAGGUUUUUUUAAUUAUUUUGAUAAUCUGAUAUUUAAACGUGUAAGAUUGAAAAAAAUGUUAUAAUAUCAUAAUCUUUAUGAAAAGAGUAAGAUAAACGUUUAAUAGUAAUUUGACCCGUAAAGUUGAAAAGAAUUAUAGAUUGUUUUUAUCGGUUUUUGAUAUGAUAAUUCAAGAAUUUAGAAUAUGUGGAGCUAUUUU